UAGUCAUCAUGAUGUUAACAAUAAUCAGUGAUUGAAUGGUGAAGGGAGAUGAUACAAGCUUUAUGGCGGAUGCUAUUCUACUAUACAACACUGCUUGGAUUGACUUUAGCGAUAUGCGAGCUCCCAGAAGACAGAUGCCAAAUGGACAAAAUAAAAUUCAGUGGAACACAGAUAGUUAAACUUGCUGCUAGAGACUUUAACGCGUGUGCAAUGUAUUGCAUGUGGUCUGAAGAUAAGUGUAAUGGUAUUUCUUUUGAGUCGUUUGAAGAAGAAGGAUCCUGCAUAUUAUUCUCUGAAGUUAAUGAUACUGACUGUGAGGUGAACCAACUGAACUGGAAGUCUUCCUACAAAUGGCAAUGCUAUUCUUCACAACCAGGUGUUUUAUAUAAGUGGGAAAUGUUCCCAGAUAAGUUACCUGAUAACCUCAAGCUUGCAGUGAAUGGAUCAUAUGGAAUGACAAAGGGGUCUGAUGUGAUCUUGAACUGCGCUAUUCCGAGGUUGAAUGAUCUGUUUAUCAACACGGAUAUAACUUACAGAUGGUACAAAAGAACACUUCUUGACGAAACAAAGAUUGAAGUGACUUCGAGUGACCAAAAAUUACGUUUGAAUUCAGACCAUAGUGAUGAUGGAUUCUAUAGCUGUGAAAUUGUUGUAUUUUCAAUUAUCACCAUAAGAAGUCCAGAAAGAUAUCUCUAUGCAGUCUGCAGUAGCGAAGUUAAGGGUCGGAUCAAAGGAGUUACCUGCUCUUCGGGUGCGACGGAAAGUUUGAACAUUACGUUUCCACCGUCAGCCGAGAAUUUCAUAGAAAAGACGUUCAUGCUCAACUUAAACCCGGAUUUGAAUCAGCUGAAAUCAAGUGUUGAGCCACUAUUUAAAGAGGGUGAGAUAUUGCGAGAAAAAGAGAAGUAUAUGUUUGCUUCACACAGUGUACCCUCCAAUGCUCGUAUUGGAGACACUCACUUAGAUUUCCUCGCCGUCAAAGGGGAAAAUUGUAGCAAGUACAAGUUACUGAACUGCAACUUCGAAAAUGUUGCUCUUGGUGAAAAGGAUACGUCAUGUGACGGGAUUAAAGCUCAUUGCAAGCUUAAAUCUCUUUCCAAGACUACAUACUGGAUAAACGACACAAGGUCGGACUGCAAGCUAAAAAAGAUAAGCAACCUUACCCUGGAUUCCAUCAACGUGUUAGAAGGAGAACUAGUAGUAGUAAAUUGGACAUUGAAACAACAUACACGUUGUCUAGUGUACUCACAGUUACUGCUACAACAAUUUAAGGAUAACCAAUCUUAUUUUGAACAUGACGAUAGACUGCACGGUGUUAUGAUCAUAUUGACUCAGAUGAGCUCCUCAACGAAUGUUUCUAUUGAGUUGCGGAAAAAAGCGAAAGACCUAAGACUAGCCUUCAUGAAAAAUGUUCAAUCGGACUGCAAGCUAAAAAAGAUAAGCGACCUUACCCUGGAUUCCAUGAACGUGUUAGAAGGAGAACUAGUAAAUUUGACAUUGAAACAACAUACACGUUGUUUAGUGUACUUACAGUUACUGCUACAAGAGAUGCUACAAGAAUUUAAAGAUAACCAAUCUUAUUUUGAACAUGGCGAUAGACUGAGUCUGAACGGUGUUAUGAUCAUAUUGACUCAGAUGAGCUCCUCGACGAAUGUUUCUAUUGAGUUGCGGAAAAGAGCGAAAGACCUAAGACUAGCCUUCAUGAAAAAUGUUCAAUCGGACUGCAAGCUAAAAAAGAUAAGCGACCUUACCCUGGAUUCCAUGAACGUGUUAGAAGGAGAACUAGUAAAUUUGACAUUGAAACAACAUACACGUUGUUUAGUGUACUUACAGUUACUGCUACAAGAGAUGCUACAAGAAUUUAAAGAUAACCAAUCUUAUUUUGAACAUGGCGAUAGACUGAGUCUGAACGGUGUUAUGAUCAUAUUGACUCAGAUGAGCUCCUCAACGAAUGUUUCUAUUGAGUUGCGGAAAAGAGCGAAAGACCUAAGACUAGCCUUCAUGAAAAAUGUUCAAUCAGAUGAGAAUGACUUGACAACCACUCACGGAGAGAAGGUUACUGUGGUCUUAUGGGAAGUUAAGUUUCCUCUAGAAAAGGAAGAAACACUUGAUUUUCCUAUGGCAGAGGGGGUAAAAGAGACUGAAAUAAAAAUCACACUGCCAAGGAGCCUCAAUAACAUAACUGCUCUCGCGGGGUCUCAAUCUUUUAUAGUCUCCCUAUACCAUGAUCCUGAAACUGAUUUCAAUAGCAAUCUAGAAGAUAAACGUUACAUCUCGAAAUUGGUAGAUGUUGAGCCGCCAAACGAGUUACCUAGUUAUCUAAAGAAGGAUCAAGAGAUCUCAAUCGGAAUUAGGCUAACUAAUAAGAACAAGUUUAGUUUGUAUUACAACCCUCUGUGCUAUUGGUAUAAUGAAACAACGCUCUCUUGGACGACUGAUGGAUCAGUUACGACAACAUUUACAGACGACAGUACUUUGGAAUGUAACACGACUCAUUUGACUGCAUUAUCUAUACAAUUGGGCAAGGGACUAGACGCCCCGCACGACCGCAUACUAUCCUACCUAACCUACGUGUGCGGGGGAAUGUCGUGUCUUGCUCUAGUGCUCACUCUCAUAGCCCUCACUUGGUUCAAGGACAUCAGACGGUCUCCUUCUAACAAGAUUCACAUCUGCCUGGCUACAACCAUGUUACUUGCCAUGCUCCUCUUCCUGGGAGGAGCAAAACAUUAUGAUGGCAUGAACGAGCACCUCUGUAAAGCUAUAGCUAUAGUUCUGCAUUACUUGUGGUUAACUGUGCUUAUGUGGACUGUGGUGGAAUCUUGCAAUCUCUGGUUGCUCUUCAUCAGGAUCCUUCAAGCUAGGAGCUCCAGAUUUAUAAUGAAAUCAGCGAUAUCGGUAUUUGUGAUACCGGGACUGAUUGUUGGUUUAACAGUCGGAAUAUCUUAUGACAGUUAUACUGACGAGACAGUUUGUCUGCUUCGGAAUUCCAACGAGAGCACCAUACCAAUGCAAUACUACGUUUUCUAUGCUCCAAUUGGUGUAUCGAGUAUUGUUAACUGGGGUAUCUUCAUCUAUGUUAUGGCCAAAAUCUGCAAGAAAGGAAGAUACCAGCAUUCCGAGAGUGAAAUACAGAAAAUAAUCUCAAAGUUGAAGGCUGUUUGUACUUUGUCGUGUGUUUUGGGUCUCGCCUGGGUGCUGGGGUUUCUGGUGUUCGACCAUCCCGCUAAUAUUGCAUUCCACUAUCUGUUUACUGUCUGCAAUACUCUGCAAGGAGUCCUGAUUUUCAUCUUUCACUGUGCAAUCAAACCGGACAUUUACCAGAAGUGGUCGUAUUUCUUCCGUAACAUUGGGAAGAAAUCUAAAAAUAAACCCAGUAGCAGCUCCCACUUUCCACUUGGAGACCAGUCAGGGCACGAUUUAACUCCUCCGGGCGACCCAGUUCCCAGCAAUUUAGAGUUCCUUGAAGCUCAAUAAUCUAACACUAAUGUCUAACAGUCCAGAAAUCAAUUAUACCGAGAAGUUCAAUGCUCAGACAAAGAUAAAAGAUACAGUGGCAGCUCAAGAAACUAACACUA